AUGCUGGGCCUGCGAGGAGGGAGGCUCGCGCGGGGCCUGCGGGCCGCGGCGCCGGCGUGGCCUCGGGGCCCGUGCAGCCGCUGCCUGGCCCCGGCGGGGGCGCCCCAAGCCCGGGACUGGCGGUGGCGGGAGCCGCCCGGGCGUGCGCUCAGCCUGUCGGCCGCGGCCGUGGUGAGCCGCGCGCCCCGCCCGCUGCAGCCGUACCUGCGGCUCAUGCGGCUGGACAAGCCCAUCGGAACCUGGCUCCUGUACUUGCCAUGCACCUGGAGCAUUGGCUUGGCUGCUGAGCCAGGUGGUUUUCCUGACUGGUACAUGUUGUCCCUCUUUGGCACUGGAGCCAUUCUGAUGCGUGGAGCAGGCUGUACUAUUAAUGACAUGUGGGACCGUGACUACGAUAAACAGGUUACAAGAACAGCAGAUCGCCCCAUAGCUGCUGGAGACAUUUCCCCCUUCCAAUCCUUUGUCUUCCUUGGGGGACAGUUGUCCUUGGCCCUGGGUGUCCUUCUGUGUCUGAACUACUACAGUAUAGUUCUGGGAGCAUCAUCCUUACUUCUUGUCAUCACCUACCCACUCAUGAAAAGAAUCACAUUUUGGCCUCAGUUAGCCUUGGGCCUGACUUUUAACUGGGGAGCUUUACUCGGAUGGUCUGCUGUCAAGGGUUCCUGCGAUCUGUCUGUGUGCCUGCCUCUUUAUUUUUCCGGAGUUAUGUGGACACUGAUUUAUGAUACUAUUUAUGCCCAUCAGGACAAAAAAGAUGACGCUCUGAUUGGUCUGAAGUCCACGGCGUUGCUGUUCAGAGAGAACACCAAGCAGUGGCUCAGUGGCUUUGGCAUCGCCAUGCUGGGGGCUUUGAGCCUGGUGGGCAUGAACAGCGACCAGACUGCCCCCUACUACACUGCUCUGGUAGUGGUAGGAGCCCAUCUGGCUCACCAGAUUUACACACUAGACAUCAACAGACCUGAGGACUGCUGGGAUAAAUUCACCUCUAACCGAACAAUAGGAAUACUCAUGUUUUUAGGAAUUGUGCUUGGGAAUUUGUGGAAAGAGAAGACAGAUAAAACUGGGAAGAAAAAAAAUGAAGAUAAUAGAAUAGAAAGCUAGCAGAUAAGACAGGCAUGAUGGUACACACUUCAACCCCAGCAGUUAGGAGGCAGAGGUAGGAGAAUCAUGAAUUCAAGACCAGCCUAACAACCUGUCAAAAUAAAGGGGGCAGGAGGUGGUAUAAUUAAAUCAGUUUUUACAUAGAGUUAUGAAACCAGAGUUUUAUAAAGCCUGAAGAUGGCCUUGAACUCACUUGUGAUCCUCCUACCUCAGCCUCCAGAGUGCUAGGAUUAAAGGUGUGUGCCACCAUGCCAGCUACUGUUAGGAUUUUAAUUCAUCUAUUUCCUAGCAAUGUCACCAAAACAAGGGACUCCUGGAUUUGAGUUGACCUUGAGUAUUUAAGUUAAUACAUUCUUCUAUUAUAAUUCUCAUGUGAAGUUUUGGGAGUCAUAAGACUUUUAGCACUUUAAAUAAACUUAACGUGUAUCUCA